AUGCCGAGCGAGGGGCCGCGUCGUCGAAGACCGUCGGCGAGGCCGGCAAAGGUGUCGAGGAAUCGAGUGACCCGCGAGCGCGAUCCGUUGGCGUACUACGGCGCGCGCAUCGAUCGAUUCUUUGACAACCAUCCAAUCAUCGAGGUGUUCUUACAAAUCUUCUCUCUGACGGUGGUUCUCUGGGUCGUCUACGCGAUCAGCGUGAAAACGGGGGUGUGGCAGCGAACGCUCGGACCAAAGGUAGAGCCCUGGUUGGCGAAACACGUCGUGCCGUGGUGGUUGAAGAGGGUGCAACCGUUCUUGGACCGCGUGGGCGCGUCGACGCGCGCGCGCGCGCGCCUCGCCCCGUAA